UUGAAAACGCUUUUAAUUUUCAGCAGUUAAAACACCGACUCGCCGGCAGUCGAACACUGAGCUACUUCUUUGUUCGUCACCGUUCAUCACGUUAAGUUUGCAAUUAUACAUUUUGGUUGUCAGUCUGGCCUGGUCUUGCAUUUAGUCGGACAGACACAAACAGUACGCGAUGAGCCGAUCUAAUUGCACUAAAAUACUAGCUUUGGGAAACCAAUACACCAUAGGAACUCUUUACAAUUACGUCGAGGAUAUCAUCGUUCCAGAUAUCUACUUAUGGGACCCAGAUGAUUUGCCUCGACUCAAAGUAGUUAAUAAGGUAAGCAAAGAAAGUGUUAAAGUUCACCCGGUGGAGGCUGAUGAGCAAAGCAAUAACUGUAGAGGAAAUGAAGAUGCCAAAGUUGAGGAGGAGCCGUGGUUGACUCGUUUGGGAAUGGACGACCAUUCUGCAAUGAGUUUAAUGGCCGGUGUUUUGCCCGCGACAUCUUUUGGAGGAGCUUGGCAAUAUGUGGCCGAUAGAGUUACUGAUAAUCUACGUGACUCCGAAAUGGUGAUUCAUUGCUACUGCUCCAGUAAGAAAGUCCAGGUCGACCCAAUUGGGCUAGACAUCAUCUGCCGGCCUAAAAAACUGAUCGAGUCCAAGGCCACUCAUGUCGUCGCGGGCCUCAUUUACGGUCAGGAAUCUUUUUGCAUUUUCUCUCACCAACAAAACCCAAAUUCAAAAAUUGAGACGACAGAUGACGAAAGAAUGAACAAUUAUGCCAACUUCUUUCGCAAAGGCCUCUCGGAUGACCAAAGUCUACAAGAGUUGGAAGAAGAAUGUAAAGAGGAAGACGACGGCCGUCCACUUUUCCCACCUGAUUUGAAUUGCACUCUUUAUACACACAUCAAAGGUGGAACAAACCGGACAUUGAAGCCCGUUGCCGAACAGUACGAAGUUUGCAGAAAGAUGCUGCAUGUGAUGCACGAAGACCGGGAUGUCCCUUUAAAAGUAUUGCUUUACCCACUUCACAAGCUACUGCCGAACGAGGCAGGUAUCAUUAAAUUUCCGGAAAAUCAGACGGGCAAGUCUCGAGAAAAUGAAGUUGGCAUAACCCACGAAGUUGUAAUUCUUUGCCAGAAAAUGUGGAACCGUUUGAAAUGUGUUCGUUUAGAAAUUGACGCAUUAACGACAGAGCUAAAUAAAUUGAAGUACUACCAAUGGAUCCCAGCAAACGUUUUCAAAAACGCACAAGUUUAUAGUCAAUGUUUCAGUACCUUUACAUCGGCUUUAAAUAAGGAAUGGCAUGAAAUGACCCUUUCCAUCCGAAGAGGUGAUGACAAGAAGGAAACAAAAAUGAUAACAAUGGUUGAAAUUGCCGAAAGAAAAUCGCCUUUCGUUUCAAAAAAUGUUGAAGAUUGGCUAAAAUAUCAAAACCAUCAAAUGAAGACUUUCGAGAUGUUGGCCAAACUGCCUGGUGUGUGCGUCUUAUCGUCAGCAGAUCAACUGGAAAGAAACAUUAAAAGUAAAGGGCGGAAUCAGUUCGCCGUAGUUCUCCAUUUACCAAGUCUUAAGGGACAGUCAGACAUUUUAAUCCAAAAAGUAAUCGAUUACGUCGAAUUUUCUAGUAAAUCACAUCCACCUGGAUUUGGGAUUCCUUGGUUUCAAUGUGAAACAAUGCUCGAUUCAAUUGCUGUAAACCAACGACGGAUUUUCUCUUUAAGUCCAGUUUUUUCAGACUGGAUAACAUGCCAUAACAGUGACACCACCGAUGCCCAGUAUUUCGUCUUUUAUGACGAACGGCCCGUUUCCGGUGAAGGAUUACCUGUCAUCCGAUUGUACGAGUGUGGUUCAGGAGAAAUUCUGUCCAUGAAUUUUUCCAUCCCCAAAACUCCCGGGGAAGUCACGGUAAAUAAGAAUCGGCGAGGUGUAAUAAAACUAAGCUGGACGGCCGAAGAAACGAAAGAUACGAGCUUCCUGUUACAGUACCGAAACGUCAAUAAAUCUGAUGAGUGCUGGAAAUCUAUUCAACAUUCUUCAAAUGAAAUCACAAUGGAUUGCCUGCAGUCGGAUGAGAGUUACUUGUUCCGGGUUGCUAGACUGACACAGGGAGGUAAAAGUCCAUUCGGCCCAAUCAGCUCUGAGAUAACAAUCGAUCCGGUUUACCAGCGGCCAACAGAUCUCCAGUGUAUUUCCGUGACCGACACAAGUAUCACCAUCGCCUGGGACAAUGAGAUUCCAGAAGAAGAGGAAGAUUUUGACCAAUUUUACGAUUUAAACGGAUUUGUACGAGAAGAAGAAAAUGAAAAAUUAUUUAACAUGACUGGUUUCUUGAUUGACUGCUGGGAAAAUGGUAAUCGGGAAUCCACCCUAAUACGACGGUUAACAUCGGACAAUUUAAUUAAACUUGAACCUCUCAUUGCUGAUAGGCUCUAUUGCAUUCAUGUUAAAGUCGCCUACACGGACUCAUUCCAUUCGAAAUUCUUCAGUUCUCCUUCUCACCCGAUUUUGCAAGCGAGGACAUUGCGAGUCGCAGAACGAGCGGUGCAUAUCGUCCGUCGCGUUAGUCAAAAGAGUCCCGGGAGCUCUUCGAUUGAUACCUACAAUUUACCACUCAAGAAAGUUAACGAUGCCAAGACGCAAGGUGUCGGUCGUUACAUAUUUGGUGAAAAAAGUGUUCUAUCAUUUGCCGGCAAUCACAGGAAAAGGACAAUUCUGAUGGUGGGAGCCACUGGGUCAGGAAAGAGCACUCUGAUCAACGCAUUGGUCAAUUACAUGCUGGGCAUCGAAUGGAACGAUGACUUCCGCUUCAAAUUGAUCGAUGAGCCGGACACGAAAUCGCAAGUGCACAGCCAGACGGAGCUGGUGACCACCUACGACCUGUACGAAAUGAAAGGGUCCCGGUUGGGCUAUUCUCUGACAGUCGUGGACACGCCGGGAUUUGGCGACACGCAGGGACUGGAGCAAGACAACAAGAUUAUGCGACAAAUUGAAUCCUAUUUCAAGUGUAAGCAUGGGAUUCAGCAAUUAGAGGCCGUCUGCUUAGUUGUCCGCUCAUCACUUUCUCGGUUGACGUCCACAGAAAAAUAUAUUUUCGAUUCCAUCUUGUCUAUUUUUGGCCAAGACAUCAAGGACAAUAUCCGUCUGAUGGUGACAUUUUCUGACAACGCAGAACCACCCGUCCUGGAAGCCAUUAAAAUAGAAAAUAUUCCGUGUCCUAUUGAUCCAGCAACUGGAGCGAUACUUUAUCACAAAUUAAAUAAUUCCGUUUUCUUCGAGACGAACAAGAGUGACCGUGACAGAAAUAGACUAAACCAAACCUACUUCAAUAUAGCCGUUAGGGGUUUCAAGAAAUUCUUUAAUGAUUUGGGUCAAAUGGAGACAAAGUCUUUGACACUGACCCGUGAAGUUCUCGAGGAGCGAAAGCGACUCGAUCUUCUUGUUGAAGGCCUUCGAACGAAAACUGAAAUCAAGUUGACACAAGUCGACGAACUCGAAAAAAUUAAAGAUGCUCUAAAAGAAAAUCAAGAUCAAAUGGAAGCCAACAAAGAUUUUGAAUUUGAAGUCGAGUUUCUCGUUCCAAAGGCGACGGACAUUAGCGGGACAGGCCAAUUUACAACCAACUGCCAAACGUGUCGAACAACUUGUCACUUCCCUUGUCGGCAGGCCAGCGACGAAAAGAAGCAACUUUGCUCUGUCAUGGAUUCCAGUGGUACAUGCAUGAUUUGCAAAUGCCCCUGGAAUGUUCACUUCAAUCAAAAGUACAGGUACGAAAUGGUCAAAGAGAAAGUCAAGCGUUCAUCGGACGCCAUCCGGAAACAGUACCAAGGAGCGGCAGAUGAGACACUAACGAAUGAGCAGCUGCUGGAAAACAUCAAGAAAGAGAUUGACGAGCAUGAGAAACAACUGUUGGAGCUUACGAAAGCCACUUAUCAACAUAUUCGGCGUCUAAACGAAAUUGCCUUGCGACCUUAUUUACUUUCUACGUCAGAUUACAUCGACCUGUUGAUUAAAACUGAGAAUCAAAAUCCUCGCUCAUGUCAUCAAAGAAUUUCCACGUUGCAAAAGCUCCGCCAGAAAUCCGAGAUCAAAACGAAAUUGAUACAAGAACAGCAGAAAUCCCUUAUCAAAUCCCAAUAGGUAAAAUUGUUGAAAUCAAUUGUUGAAUCGAAAAUAUUAAAUACUUCUUGUGAAUGCUUUUUAAAAAUUCAAUUUCUUUUAAUAAAUGAAUAGCUUAUACAAUAAAAUUUAGGGAUAUCAUGAGCCAGAAAAACAACAAUGAGCGACUAGCUAAAUAGUUUAAAUGAGUUAACCCAAAACACAUUAUUAAAAAAAAAGACGGAAGGAAAGACGGUGGGAGGAGAAAUAUAAGCUGUCGAUUCGCGACAUGCCUUGCUUUCCCCUUUGCUGGUCGAUCAAUUAAAAAACUAGUCAAUACCCAAGUUAAUUCAAAGUUUGCUUAUUCGAUUUCAAUUAUAGAUUUCCACAGGCGUGGAUGGGUACUGGAAAUUGGGCUAAAAGCCACGCAAUUCAAGUUAAAAGUGAAAAUUCUUUACGAAUUGUCAUAGAACCCUGCCCCGUUCUACUAUGUGCAUCCUCAAGGAUCACUGAAAUACGAACUAUAUCGUUGUCAAAAAUGAAGAAUGUAACACAAAUAGCAGGGAGAAUCAAGUGUGGCGGGAGCUAUGACUGCCCAAUUUUUAGUCAAGAAAAGGAGGGACUACCAUGCGUUGGUGAGAUUACACGUCAACAGGAAACUGGUAGAACAAUAAAAAAGAAAAUUCUAUUAUACAACGUAAGUAACUACAUUCGACCCUAAGGGUGUAGACGAUAUAUUUAGCUCUUUAAAGCUCUUUUUCCUCGCUACAUACAACGCCCCUUUUUCCCCAGACUUUUUCUAGCUCUUAUACGGGGAUGUCGUCGCAAAAUUUCCCUCGCGCCCCGAGGAAUCCACGUGUCGAAUACGUUCGCGUCGACAGGUUAACAAAUGGGCUUAUUCGUGAAGCAGAAAGUUGGAAUAAUUCCCGUGUGUUUUUUUACCCAAAUCGUUACGUCCCAGACGAAAGAGAGAGAUUUGACCGUCCCAUCUAUCGUGAAAGAUCGCCCUUGAGACGCGCAUUCGAAACCGCCUACCCACGUAACGAAAAUCCGUAUCGCCAGUAUUUUAACGAGGGCGACGCGUGGGGCCAGCCACCAGUUCAAGAUCCUUACGUUCGUGAUCACGCCAGAACGUACGGCGCUUAUUUCGAGUGCGAGCAGGAUCCCCGGUCUUACCCGACUCAUAGUGAAUUCGUGCCAGAAGAUGAAUUUUAUGAAGAUACGCCAAGAGAUGACGACGGGGCAGAAUACGAAGACGAAGAGGGAGAGAUUGAUCAUGGUCGCCCUUGGCGGCCACAGAGUAGCGUCCGUUUUGCCACUGAGGAGCUAUCGUUACCCGUUAGAAAAAUAGCGGCGGCAAGCGGUGUACCGACCGCCUUGGAAGGGGCUCAGGCAACAGCAGGCCCAUCUAACGCAGGCCAGAGUGUGGAAACCAGACAAGAAAUAGAAGUGGUUGCGGUCGUUAACGUCCCGUCCCCACCAACGUCCCGUCCAGUACCCAAAGCGAUCUGCGAGAAAAUAGCGUCACUUUUAUCGGUUGGCGUUUCAACUGAGCAGUCGAAGUUAAAUUCUAAAGAAUUUCCGUUAGCGUAUGAGGUUACGGACUUUUCUCUUAUGCCUCCCAAGCUAGACGCAUGGAUGAGCCGCCGGUCCAAGGAUAAAGGCGUUCUUAAAUCGGUCAGUGCUAGGGAGGAAGCGUUAGUUCGAACCCAGCUCAAAAUUAUGGACAUCGGUCCCCCGUUGAUCGACCUUUAUUCACGGCUCGCAACGUUGGAAGAAGCCACGGCAAGUAGUUUGCGUCGCUCAGUCCAGGCGGCCCUGCAGCAGUGGGGCCGUGCGUUCGCCCACAUCUCCAAGAAACGCCGUGAGUCCGUCGUACACUUCACGGACCCCAGAGUUGAUUAUCUGCUGAAAGAUGACAACUGCUUUGCAACCGGUAAGGAGGCCCGCGAGCUCCUUUUCACCGGCCGUUUCCUUGAAAGGAUGCUGACCGAGGCAAAUCAAGACGAGACGCUAGCUAGAAGAGACAAGGCGGUGGCUGCCACAGACCGAAAGAAUUCAUUUUGGUCGACCAGACGUGACCAACAGAUACCUCCACCAACACGCCAUACUCACUACGGCGUGCCACAUUUUGAUCGUGGUGGUAAACCGAGAGGACGGAGAGGAGGUGGCGAUCCCAGAGGCGGUCGUGGACGCGGGAAUCCCAACCCAAGAAGACGAGGAAUGAGCAAUGUUCUGGAAUAAUGAAAGCUCUCGGCGCCAUACCAUCAUCCAUGCCAUCCAUACCAUACUCUGGCCUCUAAUACCUCCCAUGUACCUGUGGUUCCAACACCAUCCGCGAGUGGCGCCAUGGGAACGAAGAUACCAUCAGCAUAGUCCGUGUUCGGAACCUCUUUGCCGGAAUGCCAGCCCCGUCUUUUGAUUCCUUUGCCAAGCAGCAUUGUUUUCUUGCAAAUAUUUGUUAUAUUCGUGUUUGGAGCCUUUUUUCCGGAAUGCCGUUUUUUUUGCCAAACAGCAGCUAUCAUAAUCUUAUGUUGUGUCAGAAUUUUUUUGUAUCUACUGUUUGUAUUUCUCGCAAACUGCAAUAUUUCUUUUGUUUGAGCUCCCUCGCUCCAUUUGUUGUAUUUCGCCCGUUAUCUUAUGUUCUUGAAUCACCUUGGAAAAAGUCUGAGGAAAAAGGGGCGUUGUAUGUAGCGAGGAAAAAGAGCUUUAAAGAGCUAAAUAUAUCGUCUACACCCUUA